AUGGCGAUUCAACAGCUUCCCGAACACCUGCUGAUGGAGAUUUUGUGUCGGCUUCCGGUGAAAUCUCUUCUCCGAUCCAAGCCCGUCUGCAAAUACUGGUACUCUCUCCUCCUAACCCCCAGCUUCAUUUACCUCCACCACGAUCACGCCGCCUCUAUCGCCGCCGAUGCAAACACCGACUGCCUCCUCGUCAAGCGGUUCCUCGAUGGCGGCGUCGUACUGUUCUUCGUCCCCAACGGAACCCCAAUUGAAGAUAUAGACAUAUCUUCCACUGGUCUAAAUAUUAAACAACUGCAAAUCUUGGGUCCUUGUUACGGUGUCGUUUGUCUCACCCGAUUCGCUUUAAACUCCACGAUUGUUAUAUGGAACCCUUCAAUGAAAGAAUUCAGUGUACUUCCUCAACCCUCUUAUAACAAUGACCAUAUAAGCAAUUUGGGUUUUGGGUAUGAUCCUUUUACAGAUGAUUAUAAAGUAGUUAGAUUCGACAUGACUGGUUUACCCAUUGGGCGCAUCGAUGAAAAGAUUGAAAUAUAUGAAUUGAGAACAGAUUCUUGGAGGGAAGUUGAUGCUGAGUCCCCUAUCGAGUCCGGGUUGCACUGUUUAUAUGAUUCGUAUGCAUCAUGGAAUGGGGACUGUUUCUGGUACGCCUACCCUCCACUUGGCUACCAUCAUCAUGGUGGUCCAGUGAUUAUGGCAUUUAGCAUGUCCGACGAGGUAUUUGAAGAGUUGCCCGUGCCAGAAGUUUGCUUGUUAGACGACGACAGUGAAAUGAGACUUUUUGUUUUGAAUGAUUCCCUUGCCAUGGGACUCGACUUGGCAUUGGGAUUUCGGCAAAACGGUGAGUUCCUUGUUGAGAGCAGCUAUGGACAGAUGAUGUCGUACAACCUUAAUACUCGAGAAAGAAAGGAGUAUGAAGUCCAUGAUCAACUAGAAGUUCAUCCUCGACCACCACAUAUUCAAGUUCUUCCAUACGUGGAGAGUUUGGUUUCUGUCAAAAGACAACAAUGA